AUGCGUCGUGCUUCUGCCGAUCUCAGCGACCCUGCUCGCAACUUAGAAGAGUCAGUGGGUUCGCCCGACCCAGGAGCCAUCGACACGACCAUGGACGAUUUGGCCACAGAGGUUGUGGAUGAGCACAACCCACGUGUCUAUACGCCGCCUCCUCAUAUUGCCGCCAGAUUCUACCGUCCAUCACAGAUUCGUCGCAAGGACUCGGCUGCCUCAUCGCGACGAAAUUCCAUCUCGUCCUCAAGAUCCUCCAUCAACUUCGCUCAGGAGGAUGGACCCCAAAGCAAAUAUAUUGCGCAGCAGCUUCGCCGAGCCUCUAUUCUCGAGGAUCGCAAGGCGAGGUUGGCUGACCGAGCGGCGCACGCAGAGAAGGUCCGUCUAAGGGCUGCGAUGGCAAAAGCAUCGUCACAGAAAAGUUCCAACUCGGAAGAACGAGCCUUAGCAGCAGCGCAAGCACGCGAGAAGAAUCUGGCAGAGAUUGUUGCGUCUUGUGCUGAAGAGGUCCGAAGGGCGAAAUCCCGGGCAGAAGCAAUCAAGGACCUCAGAGAGCAGCAACUGCACCAACUACGCCAGCAGAUGGAACAGCGCCUCGCCGAAGCUGAAAAACGCCGCGAGAACCUGCGCAAGUCCCAGGCUGCCAGGCGAUCUAGGGGCCAGAGUCUUGGUGCAAAGAAGCCGAGUCUGGAAGUGCUGCCUGAUGUGAAGGAGCAGGAUGCUGCUCCUCUCAGUGAAAAUACAGCUGUCUCUCGAAUACAGUGGUGGUGGCGGGCGACUCGCCGGCAAAAGGUUGUGCACGACUUUGCCAAGCUCGGUCUCAGCAUCGACAGCGUCCGUGACACCUCUUUCGAGGCUGUCGUUGAGCUUCUUGCUCAAGAAGAUGUGCUGGUGACAACGGCAUCAAUAUUGCGGUUGUGUGGGCUGCGAGAAGGGGACACCGGGUCUGUGGAAGAUAUGGCCGCCGUCCGAACUUUUCUGAGCGCCUUCAUGAUCUUGGGGCAUCCGAACCAGGUACUGAAUAACAACGACGGUGAGGAACAAAAAAAACGGGCCCAAAACAGCUCGGCUCAAGGUCAAUAUAUUCCAAGAAAUGACUCAGCAAAUCCUCAACUGCAAGAUCUGGUGGGCAAAGCACGAGAUCUUCUAAUUACCUUUGAAAACAUUCUAUCGAGGUUGACGACGCUGAACGGCUAUACUCCGCCUCCAGCACUACGAGAGGCGCUACCAGAGGCGUAUGCGACAUUCCACAAUGCAUUUAUUGCCUGGAAAGCACGCGACUCGGAUGCUCUUAUCGAGAUCAUGCUGAUGCAAUUUGUCGAGCUCGAUGCGAUACUGGAGUCAGUCAAAGGCAUGACUGAAGAGGCGGUCACCGCCGCAUACCGCGAAAGCAUCCAAGACAACCAGAUCAAGCUCAUGGUUCGCAUCAAGAAGUUGGCAGGUCCUCAGAGGGGGAAGAAGCUUGUGUUCGAGGCAGUUCAGAAAGCGCGCAAGGCCAGAGCCGCCAAGAAGACAGCGGGCGACAGGCGACCAAGAAUUGCUGAGGCCCCAGACAGUGACAACAUUAUGGAGCCACAAGCCUCUGCAGCGGAUGUCGUCUCCUCACAAUUGCGGACGCUGACGCCACCUCCGACACCGCCCAGCAGUCGCGUGCUGAAGCAGGCAAUCGACCAUCCCGCUUAUCCUCCUAUCCUCCCUGAAAACAGAAUCAUUGUACACGAGCUUGCCAUCAACCGGGAGUACAGGAUCGAAUACGAAUACUUCCAGGAGCAGCACAAGCUCCGUAUGGAUCCUCUACUGAAAGAUCUGCGAGCGAGCGAGAACGACAAAGAGAAGGAGUUCCGCUACCUUUUGAUCAUGACCCACUACAUCAAGGACCGGCUGCAGCACCUUGUGCGACCCGGCAACUCGAUGCACACAUUCAUCGGCGAGAUACUGGACGCCGAUGUAGCACAACGACAGUUCCGAGCUGGCAGCUUUUCGUACGAGAAGUUUUUUGCUUCAAUGGGUUCGCUUUUGCCCAAGCUCUGCGCGCCAGUUCGAGAUGAGCAGGUCAAAGAUUUCGUCGACAAUAAAAUGAGGAAUGGGCAUGUCGUGGAUCGUCUAGAAGCAUUGAUUGCGAUCAUAGACAUUAUGCUCUACGAUUACGCCAACUAUAUGUUGCAGGUUGCCACCCCUAAACUGGCGGAGCACGCAAGCUCAUACGAGGCGAAAAGAUUCGCCGAGGAUCUUGAAAGUGGCCAGGUUACUCUGGAAACAGCAAAGGCGUCGUGGCGCGCCGCCCACGACAAGGUUCACGCCGAGGCCGCCAGGCGCGACCCUGAGGGCGUCAGCCACCCGCGAUCCCGACCAACAUCAGACAAGAUUUAUUGGCAGAUGCUCCUCGACGAGUUUACGCAGCCUUCGGCCACAGUCGAAUCAGUCCCUGCCCCUUUCGCUCUGGAUGUGAAACGCCGAUCGCGGUUGGGCUUACAGACUCUGCGUGUCGCCACAGCAGGUGCCAUCUUGCUUCAAUGCAAGAACAUUCUCAAACGCGACGUGCGCGCUCCUUGGAAAGGCGAGGCCGGUCGCAUCUUCGUGGUUCUGGAAGCCAUGACCGACGACUCCAAGAGUCUGAGUGUGUCAGCCGCUGUUGACGGCAUCAUGGCCGCACUCGAAGCUGGUCGUUCUAUGCCCGCAGCCACCAAGGCACACCUUCGUGCUCUUGUCCUCAAAAUCCUGACGGCAAGUUUGGACGCCAAGAAGGAGAACGCUGAGCCGCGCGAACCUGUACUGAAACUGCUCUUGACCCGCGUGCGCAACCACAUGCUUGCACGCCUACAAGCCAGCUCUGCCAGUGAGAAGGUCAAGGCCACCGGCACAGCUGGUGAGAAGCUCGCCGGACUUGGACUGCCAGAGUUCGUAGAGAAGGUGCGCGAGGUCGUUGACGAAAUGAGUCGUGUGGGUACAGUGGACCGAGAGGCGCACGGGAGUAUCUGGGAAAGCAUCGCUUCAGAUCUCGCCGCUGGGCGCGAUUUGGCCACCUCCGAGGUGGCAUAG